AUGUCGGUCCCAAGCCCGGAUAAAUGGGGAGGGGUGAGAAAAAAAAUAGCAAACUACCUCACUAUUUUGCUGAAAUACCUUAUGGAUCAGUACAAUAAAAUAAGUUCAGAUAUGGUGCUGGAAAGACUCCCGCCUGCUGAUGUGGCUCCGAGCAAAAGGAAGCAUCUACGUUUUACAACAACUAUUCACAAUAUCGGCACAUGGAAUGUUCGCGGCAUGAACAUAGGCAAACUCGAAAUCAUCAAGCAAGAAAUGCAACGACUUCAUAUCGAUCUGUUGGGCAUCAGCGAGCUUUACUGGACGGGUAAUGGAUUUUUUAAAAGCGAUGAAUACACCGUCGUCUACUGUGGAAACGACACCAUCAAACGCAAUGGAGUGGCAUUCAUCGCAACAAAAGCAGUCAACAAAGCCGUAUACUCUUUUAACAUUGCUAGCGAUCGAAUUAUAUCCAUAACCAUCACUGGAAGCCUCCGCUCAAUCACGGUUCUACAAGCAUAUGCACCAACAGCAGAUGCACCAGAGAAAGACAUCGAAGAUAUCUAUACCAAACUCCAAGAGACAAUCGACUAG